AUGGAUGACGAAGAGGGUCCAGAGGGAGGCAUCGCAGGGCAGCGCAGAGGGAAGCUCCGAUUUGGCGCUAGAAAGGAAGGUUCGCACGAGAAGAAGGCAGAAAAGGAAAGGAGCGGGCGGGCUUUGCGGGCAGGAUGCAUCGCGCAGAAGGUCUGCUGCCUGGAAAGGAAGCUUCGCGCCGAAGGAGGCCACAGGAUCGCAGAAAGGAAGAAUAUUCCAUCUUUGGCUCCGGUGAAGGCUGCUUCCAAAGGAAUUUCUUCUGCCUGCUUGAUUGGAAAGGGAAUUGAAGGCUGCUGCAUUGGAAAGGGAAGAUCAAAAUUGUUCGCAAGACAGAUGGGCUCGCGGGAACGAACAGAUGGCGACGGCGGCGGCGGCGGGGGGGGCGUCACUUAUGAGGAGGUCCGCCGUAGGAAGCUGGAAGAGAACAAGAAAAAGCUGGAGGAGCUUAACCUCGGCCACCUAACCAUUGCACUGCGCGAAGCUGUUUCACCCAAGACCUCUCCAGCGAAGCCAUUAAAAAGAAAGGCCCAGUCGCUUCCGGGGCAAUUUGUGAUUCGCAGACGCUCUGAUCGAAUAGCUAAUUUGCCCGAGCAAAGCUAUAAAGAGGUACCUUCUUUUGAGAUUAUUGUACGGCCUCGCAGAGUGUUUAGGAGAACAGAUCUGGCAAAUCGUGUGUAUGCUUCAGACGAAGCCCGCGAGUACGCAACAGAAAAGGCUCUAGAGCUUCAAUCACAGCUCGAUCCGACCCAUCCUAGCUUUGUUAAGCCAAUGCUGAUAUCUCAUGUCACUGGAGGCUUUUGGCUGGGCCUUUCGAAGCAAUUUUGCACCUCUCAUCUGCCCAAUCGCGAUACAUGGUUUACUUUAAUUGAUGAAGACGACGAGGAAACACAAACUCUUUACUUAGCUCCAAAAACUGGGUUAAGUGCUGGUUGGAGGGGCUUUUCUAUAGCUCAUGAGUUGGUCGAUGGAGAUGCUCUAGUAUUCCAUUUAAUUAAACCUACAGCAUUUAAGGUCUACAUAAUUAGAUGCAGUGGCUUUGAUGAUAGCAGUUGAUGUAGCUUCAGUAGCAUCAGGAGCAACAGUGCUUGCAACCACUGGCUUAAUCUUCAACUGUUGCCAGAGGGAAGGCUACGGCAAUGCAGAAUGAGUCAAAAUUUUCCGUUAUUUUUCUUAAUAUAAAUAUGAAAUUCCGUGCCAGUUUUUUGGUGAGGUCGGCCGCCGCUUGUUACCUGUGUUGUAAGCACAUUUGAUCUCAAACCUAACGGCUAUAUAUCAUCAUCCUGCUUGAGUUGCCUUCAAUGUUCUAAAAAAUCAUUUUCGGUGAAUUAUUCAUCAUUGGAAGAAU